GCAAGCCAGGCCAUUCUCCACAACGAAGACAGGAGCGGGUUGGUGGACUACGGCCUUAGGGGACCAUGGAGCCAGGAGAGAGCUCCUCCUCGCCCUGGAAUCCCCCCAACCUAGUGACAGUCCCUGUGGACCCACUUUCAUCCUCUCCCCAGAACCCAGUGUCACCUACCCUCCACGAUAGCACCUUACAGACCUCCUGUUCUCCAUUGGUGAGGGGGGAGCACACAGACACUGGGGGCCCCUGGGAUGGAAAUGGGGAGGGGAGAGGGGACUCCUCGUCCAGGACAGAAACAGGGGGGGCCGCACAGAGGAGCCCUCGGCCCUCAGCCUUUCCCUCCUCCCUGGCCUGGGACUCGGACUCAGAGAAAGAGACACUAGAUGAGGAGGAGCUACAGCACUUUUCUAACCCUCACGGUCUGGCAGCUCACAGCCCAGGAUCCCCUGCCUUGGGACACAGGCAAGAAAGAGCGGACAGUGAGGGUGACAAAGCACCUGACAAACUACAGCACUUAAACCCUGAAAGUGACCCACCUAGCCCUGCGGAUGGGCGGGACCAAGGCGGGGCCAGCACACAAAGAGAUCAGCCAAAGACAGCAGAGCCCAGCUCACCAGACUCUGAAGACCAUGGUGACGGAGAGUUAGCAGAGAAGGUGUCUGCUGAGCCGUUGUUGUCAGAAGCGAAACCAAAGGAUGGACGCCCAAAGGGAGAGGGGGAGAGGGACAGGCAGAAGGGGAAGGAAGAGGGGAAGGUGCUGGAUGUGUACACCUUCCCCGGGGACUCGGAUCCCGAAAGCCCCCCUCCGGCGCCCUGGGCACACUGCACCUUCACCCAGCGUAGGAAGAGGAAGAGAGCUCUGCUGAAGCCCUUCUCCGGCCUGGGCUCCACGCAGGGCACACCACUGACGACGGGGAGGGGCUUGAAGGGCAGCCCCCUGGGGGCAAGGGAGGGGGCGCUGCCAGAAGUGGGGGGCGGGGUCUUCGAGUUCAGAGAUGAGGAAGAGAAUGACAGUGUGGGCCAGGGCCUGGCAGAGGAAGUGGAGAGGGAGAGAGCGGUGGACGAGGAAGCGGCCCAUCAAGAGGUGUUCACGUGCGUGGAAUGUAGCAUAUACUUCAAAAAGCAAGUCCACCUGCGGGAGCACAUGCAUCAGCACUGGCAGAACGCGGGGCAGAGGAGGUGCAGCGAGGGGGAGGGCAGGCGCGAUGGAGGCAAGGCGGGGAGGUUCCAGUGCGCCGAGUGCGGUUGGGAGCUCGAGACCCGGGCGGCGCUGGCCGACCACCGCAGGCAGCACCAGGAGUCCCGGCAGAAGAUCCUGGCGGAGCUGAACAAGCUGAACGCGGACGGGAAGGGAGCGGGGGAGCUGGGGGCGGCGACGGAGACGAGCGGCGCGGCCGCGGCUCCUCCCCCCCGGCUCCGCUGCCCCAAGUGCAACUUCGGCACGGACUCCUCGCGGGUGUACGUGGAGCACGCCAAGAUGCACAUCAAAGAGCGCAACAGCCAGCGCUCCAGGGGAAAGGGCCUGCAGUCGCCUCUCGGCCCCGUGGGCCUCUACCGCUCCUCCUCCUCCAGCCCCACGGGCCUGGCCUCGCUUCUGCACUGCGAGCUCUGCAGCUUUCGGGCGUCCAGCCAGACUGUUCUGAGGGAACACCUGCGCCUCUCCCACCCCUCCUGGCCCGCAGCCUGGGAUGAGGGGCUACAGGAGGAGGGCUGCCCUGGGACCAGUCGCGAUUUCCUCAACCCGGCUCUCCUACCGCAACGCCCCGAUGAGGAGUCCCACUCCCGGCUGGUCGCGCAGGCGCUCACUGGGCCCCUGUCAGUCCGAGGAAGGCCGGGGAUCGGCAAGGUUAGCCUGAAAGUGGGCACCGCCACCAAAGGAGGUCCCUACUCUCCCCGCCCCCAGCCAUCCCCGCCUGCGUCUGUGAGCCUAAGUGUGGGACCUCGCCGCAGGGAUGUGGCGUUCAAGAGCAUUGGAAAUCGGAGGGCAGGGAGAGGAGGGAGGGAAGGGGCGGCUUUGACACUGCCUUUAACCAGGUCCGAAUCGCAGCCUUCAGAAACGGGAAACACAGAGGACCAGGACCAAAACACAGACCAGGUCACCCAGCAGAACCAACAGCAGAGCCCCGCUGCAGUGAGGUCAGAGCCUCACGCCAGCAGACAAUGGACCCCAGCAGACUCAGUGGAGGUGCCUGCCCUGGCCUUGCAGCUGAAGCGCAGUUUCUCAGACAGCCUUCGCGGGGCUUCGGAGAGCCUGGGGCUGUCAGAGGGGCAGCAAAGCCAGCUCAGACACAUGCUGCCCCUGGUCCUCAUUGAGCCCUUCCACUUCAGUCCCAGAACUCCCUCCUCAGUUCCCGGCCUUGGGGAAAGUGUCAGGGCAUCGGGCGACUUCUCCACUUUCCUGGACAACUUGGGCUGCUCUGUGGUAGAAAAGGUAGAAGAAGAAGACGACGAAGAAGAGAACGAGGAGCAUAAUGAUGAAGAUAUGGACGACAAAGAUGACGAAGAGAAUCUUUUCCUACCAGACGACGCAGUUGGGGAGGAGGUGGGAUUGCUGAAGAACAUCGAGAGGAAGUGUCCGUACUGUCCUGACCGUUUUCACAAUGGCAUUGGCCUGGCCAAUCAUGUGAGGGGACACCUCAACCGAGUGGGAGUCAGCUACAACGUGCGCCACUUCAUCUCCCCGGAGGAAGUCAAUGCCAUUGAGAGGAAAUUCUCUUACCAAAAAAAGAGGAAAAAAGUAGCUAACUUUGACCCAGACACCUUCAGCCUGAUGCACUGUGAGUUCUGCAGUGCAGGCUUCGACACCCGAGCAGGCCUGUCCAGCCACGCCCGCGCCCACCUCCGGGACUUCGGCAUCACUAACUGGGAGGUGACCGUGUCGCCCAUCAACAUCCUUCGGGAGCUCUUCUCCAGCCGCCCGGACCUAGUUCUUCCCACAGCGCCCCCAAGCAGCCCCCCUCUGGACCCUGACACGGACGACGAGGAGCUGGCGGUCACAGGGGUGAGCCAGGGCGGGGCUGCGGAUAGUGCGUUGGCAUCUCUUCCAUCCUCCCCGCAACCUCCAGCUUUGUUGACCACUCAACCACAAGGUGUAGAGGAGGACGAGAUGCCCACAGUGGAGAGUGUGACUCCAGGCUCUGGGAGGAGGAGUGUGGUCCCCUCAGACGCUGGAGCUAAACAUAUAGACACUGCCACACCCAAGGAGGAGCCAGAUGCCAAGGCCACCAGCCUGUUGCAGUGUGAAGUGUGUGGGGCGCCCUUUGAGACCAGGCGGGGCCUGUCCAGCCACGCCCGCUCGCACCUUCGGCAGCUGGGCAUCGGGGUGUCGGAGAGCAGCGGGGCCCCUAUCGACCUGCUCUACCAGCUCAUCAAGGAAAGGGACGGCCACUUCACAUCAGCGGUGCCGCACGCGUCCACAGCCAAGAAACAGCACCAGGGCUCGCCCACCCCCCGGAAGGACAUUGGGGCCAAAGUGGGAUCCAAAGUGGCUGUCCUGGAGAGCAAGCCCGCCUCUCUGUCCCCUCUCGCCACUGCCACUAAGGCGACGGCCUCCUCCAGCCGUUCUUCCUCACCCUCCGCCCUGGUCAAGUCCCGCUCCACCUCCCCUUUGCUGAGGAAGGCCCCCAUCUCUUCCCUCCUGCCUGCCUCCUCUCCUCUCCGCUCCAUGGACUCCAAGCCCAGCAGUGGGAAGGCUGCCUCUGCCUCUGCCUCCAGUGCCCCCCCUGCCUCUACCAAGCCUUUCUGGGCCCCGCAGGAGACGGAUGCCCCCCUCAACCUAACGAUGGAGGUAGAUGCCAGUAAGGACAUUGUGUGCCAGCUUUGCGGCGCCUGGUUCGAGACGCGUAAGGGCCUCUCCAGCCAUGCCCGUGCCCACCUCCGCCACUUUGGGGUCGUGGAUGCUGAGACCAAGGGCUCCCCCAUUGACUAUCUCAACCAGAUGAUCCACACGGAUGACUUUAAGCACAGAGCCAGCUCGCUGCUGCCCGAAGAUUCCGAAGAGCUCGGUGGCGUCUCUUCCAACCUGUCCCCACCCUCCACCUCUUCCUCCGCCAAACGCCCUUCUGUCUCCACCCCGUCCCCUGGAAUGUAUAAGGCCGUCUCGGUGGGGGGCGGGUCGGGCUCCAAAUCCAGCCCCUCCUCUCCGCUGUCUCCGCUGUCUCCCCCCAGAAAACGGUACAAGCCCUCCGCCGCCGACAGGGCGAGCUUGCAGGUCUUUCGUUUGAGUGGUGGAGAGUUGACGCCCAUCACCCAUGGCGAGCCGGUGAAGGAGAUUGGCUGCGAGUUCUGCGGGGAGUACUUUGAGAACCGCAAGGGUCUGUCGAGCCACGCCCGCUCUCACCUGCGCCAGCUGGGCAUCACCGAGUGGUCGGUCAACGGCUCGCCCAUCGACACCCUGCGGGAGCUGAUCACCCGCCGCGGGCUUCCCUGCGCCCUGCCGCUCCGCCCCCUCAAAUCGCCACCUCCGUCCCCAGGGUCGCCCCGCUCCCCCACCUCCCCCGGCCUCCUCAAGCGUUUGCCCUUCCCCUCGCUCCAGCCUACGGCCCGCAAGAUGGGCGGCAUGUCGGCAGCGGCUCUGGCGGCCAAGCUGAAGCCCGAGCCCAUCCAGGUGGAGCUGGCCGUGCCGGGUGGCGCCGAGGGGGCGGGGAACGUCGGGAGUUACACGUCUGAGCCCCUCCCUCAAAGCUGGCCUGACACUGUCCUCCCCCUCAACCUGGCCAAAGGUCCAGAGCCCGAGCCGACUCGAGACAUCCGCUGCGAGUUCUGCGGGGAGUACUUUGAGAACCGCAAGGGUCUGUCGAGUCACGCCCGCUCUCACCUGCGCCAACUGGGCAUCACCGAGUGGUCGGUCAACGGCUCGCCCAUCGACACCCUGCGGGAGCUGAUGCGCAAGAAGGGCGCCACCGCCGCGGGGCAGGUGAAGAAGGAGCCCGGCUUGGGUGGCAACGCCUCCUGGGAGGAGCUCGGCUUCCUGUCCUCCAAGUUCUCCCGCAAGUCCCCCGUCAGCAUGCUGCACGCGGGCUCCCGCCUCCUGAAGCAGGGCCUGGGCGGGCUGUCCCUCCCCGUGUCCCCGCUCAACGGGAAGGGGAGCGCGUUCCUGGGCACGUCUCCGCUGGGGAAGAGGUCGCUGGCGGACGAGGGGCAGUCCUCGGAGAGGCCGUCAUCCAAGACAUUCUCGACUCCGCCGCUGGACUUCUCCUUCAAGGGGAAGUCCUCUCCGGACAAGUAUGGGGCCUCUCACUCGGCGUCGGACGCCAGCUGUGAGCUGUGUGGGUUCUACUUCGAGAACAGGAAGGCUUUGGCCAGCCACGCCCGGGCACACCUGCGGCAGUUUGGCGUGACGGAGUGGUGUGUGAACGGCUCCCCCAUCGAGACCCUGAGUGCCUGGAUGCGCAGCAAGCCGCACAAGGUGGCCGAGAUGCACCGGCGCUACAUGCAGGGUGACCGGCCCUUCCCCAAGAAGAAGUGUGGCUCCUCCCCCUCUCCAUCUGAUUCGGACCACAUGUCCCCUGGAGUGUCUAAGCCCCUGUCCUCCCAGCGGCCCUCCCUGGGGCUGCCCCUCGGUAGGCGGGCUGGCCGCGAGGUCACGGGGGGCACGUGGGGGACGUCCCGGGCGGCGCAGGGCCGAGCCGAGACCAGCUCCUCCUUCCAGCAGGGCCCGUCCCGCCAGGCAUCUGCUCUGCCUCAUUCCCAGGUGGCCCGCAGCGAGCUCAACGUCCGCUCGCCCCGAGGCUUUGAGCGCCGCCCCCCCAAGCACUUGUCCCACUCUGAGAGCGGGGAGAGGGAAACAGGCCCCCCACAGCCCCCUCGUACCGGCACCAUCCCUGCCCUCGUGCCAAAGCCACCCACCACCCCCCUGGUCAAGCUGGUGGGGAAAAUCUACUCUCUCAAGUGCAGGUUCUGUGAGGUGGAGUUUCAUGGCCCCCUCUCCGUGCAGGAGGACUGGGUCAGACACCUGCAGCAGCACAUCCUGGAUCUCAACUUCAAUAAGCCCGUUCCCUCCUCGACGCCCAUCCCGGCGGACGCGCCCGUCCCCAACCCGGCCCCCGUUCCGGGGAUCACCCCCACCCCCGCCGUCUAG